GUCCGAUUCCGUUUGACAGUCGGUGAGGUGUUCCUACACUGAAAUCAUGUUCAAUAUUGUUUUAAUACUGUUCGGUGUUCUAGUCGGUAGCGGGUAUGGAGCACAGCUACCUCCAGGGUUCAAGUUCGGAGCCGGCACCUCAGCACUACAGAUAGAAGGCGGCUGGAACGCCAGUGAUCGAGGAGAAAGCAAUUGGGACAGAUACCUGCAUCUGUUCCCUGACACCAUCGAUGGUAAUGGUGACGUGGCGUGUGACUCCUACCACCUGUGGCGGAGGGACGUACAGAUGUGUGAGGAGGUGGGGCUGGACAUGUACAGAUUCUCAAUAGCCUGGUCUCGUCUACUGCCCACCGGUCUUCCUAACUACAUCAGCGAGGAUGGGAAGAACUACUACAACAACCUGAUCGAUGGUCUACUGGAGAAAGGGAUCGAACCGGUUGUUACUCUGAACCACUUCGAUCUGCCACAACGACUUCAGUAUCUUGGAGGCUGGACCAACCCGCUCAUCUCCGACUGGUUUGCUGAAUAUGCGAGAGUCGCAUUCUCCCUGUACGCGGAUCGAGUGAAGAUAUGGCUGACGGUGAACGAGCCACAAAUCCUCUGUGACUCAGGGUAUAAUAAUGGGACGGUCCCAUAUAUUAACGAUCCGAAGUUCGGUCGGUACAUCUGCAGUAAGAAUGUGCUGUUGGCACAUGCGAAGGCUUACAGGAUCUAUGAUAAAGACUUCAGGCAUUUGUAUCAUGGUAAAGUGACCAUCGUCUUCUUGUUCCUCUGGUUAGCACCAGCAACAGAAAAUGACACCGAAGUUACCAACCUCGCUCGCCAAUACAUUGAAGGAAGAUACGGUCACCCCGUCUACUCCAAAGAAGGAGGCUGGCCGAAGGAAUUGGAAGAAAUUUUAGCCAACAACAGUAGAAACGAGGGAUACGUACAACCUAGACUUCCACCUUUCACUGAGGAAGAGAAAGAACUGGUCAAAGGUACCUUCGACUUUUAUGCCCUAAAUCACUAUUCCAGCCUUCUGGUCAGGAAAGCGAAGCCUGGUGAGGCUAUUGGCAAGACACUAGUCGACGGCAUCGAAGAGUUGGGGAUAGUGUUAGAGGCAGAUCCCUCGUGGGAGAAGGGUGACAUCAAAUGGUUAACGGUGCAUCCUGAAGGUCUACGUCAGCAGCUGAACUAUUUGAAGAACACAUACAAUCUUUCAGAGAUCAUGAUCACUGAAAACGGAUUUUUCAGUAGCAAUGCGUCUCUGAAUGAUGUCAGAACUGUGAACUAUACUAGAAAAUAUUUGGAACAAGUGGCACUCGCAAUCCAAGAUGGCGUCAACGUCACAGCAUAUUUCCACUGGUCUCUAAUGGAUAACUUCGAUAAAGGAUAUGAUGCCAAAUUUGGACUUUAUGCAGUUGACUUUACGGAUGCAAAUCGCACGAGAACGCCACGCCUGUCUUCUAGAUAUUACUCCAAGGUCAUUAAAACUCAUUGCACAGAUCCUGAAGACUAUUGAGUUAUUAGUAAAAGUAAGAAAGAUAGAAAGAGAAAGCGAGAUAUGUAUAGGGAAGGUCAAUAAAUUAAAAAAAAACUUUGUAUCUAUGCAGAUUCAGGGCUUGAUCCUUAGAAUUUCCGAGCUAUGCAACUAUUGGUCGAUUAUUAUAACGAUAUUUUAUUGAGAAAUUCUUAAAACCUGCUUUUAAUCUGAAAUUCUACCUGCCCAGUGUGCGUUCAUGUGUACGUUUAUAUUGUAUUAUAGUACCUGGAUGACCGAGGUUUGUUCGGUGUUUUUAGUACACAUUAUUUUAGAAAAAAAUUAGAAAGA